AUGAAUUUGUACAUAAAUCCCAUUUACAAAUGUGAAAAAAUCAGACUGGUCGGACCAUCACGUUGCUCCGGCAGAGUGGAGGUCUUCUAUGAGGACAGCUGGGGAACGGUGUGCGAUGACCACUGGAGCAUCAGUAAUGCAGCCGUGCUGUGCCGAGAGUUAAACUGUGGCACGGUUCUGGAGGCCAAAAAGAAUGCGUUUUUUGGAGAGGGCAAGGAGCAGAUUUGGUUGGAUGAUGUGCAGUGUACCGGGAGCGAGUCCUCCAUCCUUAAGUGCUCACACAAAGGACUGGGGGUCCAUAAUUGUGGUCAUACGGAAGAUGCUGGAGUUAUCUGUUCUGAGCAUGUACGGAUUGUCAACGGAAGCCAUCGGUGCACUGGCAGAGUGGAAGUCUUCUUCGAAGGCCAGUGGAAGCGAGUGUGCAGCAGCGACUGGGGCAAAGAAGCAGCGAACGUGCUGUGCCACGAGUUAAGCUGUGGUUCUCCUGCUGUACAAACUGCAGCGCAGUAUUUUGGAGAGGGCCAAGGCCUGUCAGGCCUCAAAACCAGCUGUAUUGGGAAUGAGACCUCCAUCUCUGAGUGCCAGCUACAAGAAUUCAAGGAAAGCUGUGUUGAUGCUACCGUUGCCUGUAUGAACAAUAAACCAAUACGGCUGAUAAAUGGGACUAAUCGAUGUUCUGGUCGAGUGGAAGUGUACCAUGAAGGACAGUGGGGAACCAUUUGUGAUGAUAAAUGGGGGAUUCAGGAAGCAGAUGUGACGUGCCGAGAGAUGAACUGCGGCAGUGCUCUUGCUGUAAAGUACAAGGCCUUCUACGGAAGAGGUCACGAUCAGGUUUGGUUGGAUGACGUUGAGUGUAUUGGUCAUGAGAAGUCCCUUUCUGACUGCCCGCAUCGAGGCUUUGGAGAACACGACUGUGACCACAACGAAGAUGCUGGCGUUUUGUGCUCAGAGACGUUGAAAGUGAUCAAUGGGACCGACAGGUGCUCUGGCAGAGUGGAGGUCUUCCACAAUGGUCACUGGGGGAAAGUUUGCACUAAUAAUUGGAGCGUUAAAGAGACUACGAUUGUCUGUAAGGAACUCAGUUGUGGAGCUCCGAAGAAAUCCCAAGGUGCCUUCAAUUUUGGUGACAGUGCAUUACCAGGGUUUAUAAGUCGAUGCUCUACUAACGUGAGCAUUUUAAGCCAGUGUGCGUUUGAAGAGCAUAUGGGGAGAUGUGAUGGAGCUUCUGUUGCUUGUACAGGUAAUCCACCAAUCAGGCUUGUUAAUGGCACCGACCGAUGCUCUGGCAGAGUAGAAAUUCUGCACGAUGGCCAGUGGGGAACAGUGUGUGAUGAUGAUUGGGACAUCGUAGAUGCUCAAGUGGUGUGCAGAUCCAUGGACUGUGGAACUGUUAAAACAGCCAAAACUUCAAGCUACUUUGGCGAGGGCCAAGGAAGCAUCUGGCUAGAUGAUGUCAACUGCAUCGGCAAUGAAACAUCCCUUUUGCACUGCCAGCGACCCGCCUUUGGAGAAAACAACUGUGGCCAUGGGGAAGAUGCUGGAGUGGUUUGUUCAGAUCACCUCAGACUAAUUGAUGGCACUGACCAGUGCUCAGGCAGGGUUGAAGUCUACCAAAAUGAGCGCUGGUCACCAGUAUACAAUUUAAACUUUGGAACAGCAGAGGCUGCUGUGGUGUGCAGGGAGAUGAACUGUGGAGAUCCUAACAAGUUUUCUGGAUCUUUCUCUCCAAGUAAAGACUUCAGCGGACUGAAGAUGAGUUGUAAUGGUAGAGAGAGCUCUGUCACACAGUGUACACUGAGAGACUACGCAAGGACCAGCAACAAUAUUGUAGAUGCAUCUGUCAAAUGUUCUGGAAAUGUGAAGUUGGUUGAUGGGCCACAUCGUUGUGCAGGAAGAGUGGAGUUUUUUGACAAGGGCCGGUGGGGGACAGUGUGCGGAGAAUCCUGGGACACAACUGAUGCUUCUGUGGUGUGCAAACAGCUGGACUGUGGGAAUGCACACAAGAUUACCACCAUGUCUGAGUACGGCCACGGCUCUGGACUGACCUGGAUUGAACAAAUUGAAUGCAAUGGAAGGGAGUCCACACUCUCUCAAUGCCCACAAAGACCAUAUGUGGGCAGAACCUGCAACACAACUUCUGUAGCGGGUGUUGUUUGUACAGGAAGCUUGGCGGCCCGAUUGGCCAACGGCAAAGACGAGUGUUCCGGUAGAGUGGAGGUUCGUAAUGGUGACACGUGGCAAACAGUUUGUGAUGCGGACUGGACCCAAAGUAAAGCUGAGGUGCUGUGUGCAUUGCUGGAGUGUGGCAAUGCGCUGAAUACUCCUGGAGUUGCCGAGUUUGGCAAGGGCAACGGGUCGGUGGUGGAGGCGAGCAAUUCGUGCUUCGACAAUGUGACAUCUCUUCAGCAGUGCACACAAAAAGGUUUCAGACCAUCAACGUGUGGGCAUGAACGUGAUGCUGCAGUUGUCUGUGCAGGGGUUACUUUCCGGACACCCCUGUGA